UUCGAAUUCUGCACCAAAUGAGUUUGACAGGCGGUCGCGGUCGCGGUCGAGGUCGUGGUCGAGGAGACUAUAGCAAUGUCGCAAUGGACGCGGGCGGCAAUGCAGGCCAAGCUGCUGCUGCUGGUGCUGGUCCUGGGAUGCCCGGCGGUCGCUUCACGCGCAGCUACGGACACGAUCCGUCCCAGGCCGGCGGCAACGGUGCUCGCAACAUGAACGACAACUGGCGUGGCGGUGGCCAGGCGGGUCGAGGCGGCUACCAACGAGGAGGAGCAGGAGCAGGAGGCGAUCAAGGCGGCGGCGGCGGCGGCAGCUGGCGAGGAGGCCGUGGUGGCUACCAGCAGCAGUCCCGCGCUCCGUCUGACGGUGGUGCCAAUGCUCAUGCGAAUGCUGGCGGCGGUGGCGGCGUUCGCGUCGUUGUCAGCGGCGUCGGCAACGCGAGCGAGGCCCCACUCAUGAACUUCUUCCGUAACAAUGCUGCAGAGCAGUUUGUGUACGAUCGCUUCAGGCCGCGAGGUGGCAACGUCGAGUUCUUUGUGCCAACGUUUGCGGUUGCUCGAGGCCUCCGCCGUGUUGCGGCGACAAUGCGGUUUAAUGGACGCCAGAUCUUUGUCAUUUUCGGAGACGACGCUGACAACGCCAUGACCGACGGUACAGGCUCGGCGGCGGGCUUCCGGGGAGGCGCGCGCCAUGGUGCAUCAGCUGCUGGCAACGAGCAUGGUCAAGGCAUGGGCGAGGCUGAGCAGCAGCAGCUGUUGCAGCUCAUGUCCCAGCGAUUCAACCCGAGCCAGCUCUUCCUUGAUCUCUCGGCCCUCUCUUCUGCGGGAUUCCAGAGCGCCAACUAUGUUCCAUUGGUCAAUUCGAUCGUUCAGCUGGUGGCCGGCAACUGCCCUCAAAUCACCGCUCUGUCACUCAGCGACAACAACAUUCGCGCCACGGCAGCGUACGGCGCGCUCACUGAAGCUGCGCCAAACGUUCAGGUCGUUUCAUUGGUCAACAACAACAUCCAAGACAUUGGCGACCUGGAGGCAUUCGUUGGCUGGUCCCAGCUCCGCAGCUUGGGGCUGGCCGGCAACCCCUUCUCGCAAUUCGUUGAUGACCAAAUGGCGUACGAAGCGCAGUUGUUAACGCUAUUCCCCAAUCUCGUCGAGCUUGAUGGAGUUCCCCUUUCCGUCAGUCCAGGGAGCGUGUACGCCUCGAGUCUUCCCCUCAACCAAGGCAGCUACUUUGAGUCGUCCAACUUGCGGGAGUUUGUCAUGCCGUUUCUGCAAGCCUUUGUGGACCUAUUCAACGCCCCCGACCGGUCUCAGCGCCAGUUGCUGACAUGUGCAUACUCCGCCGAUGCCCUGCUCUCCUACUCGGCUGCCAGUGGACUUGUGCAAGGCGUGGCCCCUCAAGCGCAGCGCGGAAAUCGCCCACAUCCCGAUGCCGUGUUCCAAGGUGCCCAGCCAGCGGUCGGUCCUCCGGUGCAUGCCUAUCGUGAGCACAGCCGAAACCUGAGCUUUGUGCACGAGCCAAACCGACGGCAGGCCUUGCUCAAUGUCGGGCGAGCCAACAUUGUUGCCUUUCUGUCUCAGCUUCCGUUUGAUUUCUUACCCGAGACUCUUGUUGUGGAUUCUUGGUCUAUUUCACCUGCUGUUAUUAUCAUUCAACUGAGUGGCGAAUUGCUUGAUGGGGCCCAUAACAACGACCAUCGUGUCUUUAGCCGCACAAUGACCGUGACUGCGACCGAUCCGGCAUCCGACUCCGCUGCGGAUGGAUGGGCAGGAUGCAUCAUGAACGACCAGUGGCAGCUGACCAACUACCUCACACGAAGCGGCAACAUGGCGAGCCUGCCUGCCAGUAUUGGCGAUACGUCGUUCAUUGCCGAUGCCCCCGCACACGAUCAAGUUCAGUCUGCAGCUGCGCAAGACGCCAGUGCUUUGGCCUUUGCUCAACAGCUGUCGCAGGCCUCGGGUCUCAACAUGACUGCAUCUACCCAACUCAUUACUCAGUGCAACGGCGACUACAACUCUGCCCUGUCGUUGUUUUUGCAGUUGCAGGCCGCAAACCAAAUACCGGCCGAAGCGUUUGUCGCGUAAUUUUCCAACGUUACAAGGAUUUUGAUGUAUUGUGCGCUUGCGUUUUUGCAAGUGCGCGUUUGGUGUGUGUGUGUUUGUUUCGUUCUGUCAAUGGUGGUGGUGUGUCACGAUCGACUCUGUUCACCGUUCAUGAACGACGCGAACGCUUUCGUCCACUCUGCACACAGCAUGUCAACACACACACCAACAAUACCCCCACCUAUUUCUCCAAAAACAAUUCCCCAAUCCAACAAUGUCACUCCACUUCUAAUACGC